AUGGCGACCCCAACAACUCCCCCAAGCGCUCCAGCCGCCGCCUCCUCAAAACCCCUCAUGAAGCUCCCCUCCAACCCCACGCCGCUCUCUGCCCCCCAAGAACAGCAAGUCCGCGAUCUCUACUACGCAAACGUGCGCUCGAAAUGCGCAGACGAAAUAGCAGCAUUCGCAAACUGCGCCACCGGCCGCACCCUCACCCUCGCAUGGGCCUGCCGCGCCGAGAAACUCACCAUGAACAGCUGCAUGCUGCAGUAUCAGGGCCAGGACGAACUCGACCGCGCUCGUGCACAGUGGUUCCAGCUCGCCGGCGAGCGGAGGGAGAAGCGCGAGGAGCAUGCGCGGAAACUCGAGGAGGCCAGGAGGCAGCAUAAAGAGUGGUGGGCGCUGGAUGAGGGGGGAAAGCUGAUGGGGAAGAAAGCUGAGGUUGUUGGGGAGAAACGGUAGACUGCGGUGCUUUGUUUGGGAGGGGAUUUUCUUUUCUUCUCUUCGCAUUGGGCUUUGGCGUUUUUUCGUGGUUAUACUUUUUUUUCAUAUUGGCUGUACGAUUGUAGAGUCGUUGUAUAUUAGAGGAUUGUUGAUGUAUGGGGGGGAUCAAAAGGAGCAAAUCUUCCUUCAAAUGUACGAGUACCAAGUGCGUAUGCCGAAAACUCUCCUUUUCCUUGUACACUG